UAACAUUUUAUUAUACGCAUACAAACACUUGUUUGGCGGAGUUGUCGUGAAUUUGGGACACUCGAGAGUGACGAUGGUUGGCCCAAGAAGGCCACAGUUCGUGCUAUUCGGCUCCUCAAUCGUUCAAUUUAGCUUUGCGGAACAAGGCUGGGGUGCCAUUCUCGCAGAUAUUUACGCUCGUAAGGCGGACAUAUUUUUGCGAGGCUAUGGUGGUUGGAACUCCAGGCAAGCGGUACAAGUUCUAGAUGAAGUGUUUCCAAAGGAUGAUGCCAUACAACCAUCUCUGGUAAUAGUUUAUUUUGGUGGUAAUGAUUCAGUGCGUCCACGUCCAGAUGGCCUAAGUAGUCAUGUACCUCUUUCCGAGUAUGUUGAAAACAUGAGGAAGAUAUCUAUCCAUCUCAAGAGCCUUUCAGAAAAGACACGCAUAAUAUUUCUUACAGCGCCUCCUGUAAAUGAGGCUCAACUGCUACAAGUUUUGGGUGUUGAUGGUCGCAAAAACGAAUUGUGCCAAAAAUAUGCGGAUGCUUGUGAAAAACUGUGCCAAGAGAUGGGGAUUAAGGCUAUUAAUCUUUGUAACGCAUUUAAGCAGCAUGAUAACUGGAUGGCAACCUGCUUUACAGAUGGGAUGCAUUUAUCACCGAUUGGGAGCAAAAUAGUUGCCAACGAGAUACUAAACGUCCUCAAGGAAGCAGACUGGAAACCGAGUUUAUCUUGGGAAGAUAUGCCUAUGGAGUUUGCUUAGCAUUCAAGAUCCAUUGUUGUCGGUCCUGACAAGAUGGUUUUAAUGUUAUCAUGUAUUGAACAAAGUUUCACGUUGUAUGAUAUCCCUGCAUGUGUUUGAGAUGUUUAGCCACAAGGUUGGUGGUUAUAGUGUGGAGAUAUACCACACCGUAUUUGACUUUAGUUUUCAUAUUUCAUUUAUCUUCAAAAUCAA